AUGUGAUUCGGUUACCAACUCGCCGCCACGCGCGCGUUUGAUCCCCAAAUAAAAAACACUGCUUUCAGAGUUCAGAAGGCGGGAAGCUAAGAAGAAGAAGAAGAAGAAGAUGAAGUUCAAAGCUUUCAUCACCUCCGAUGGAGUCAAUCUCCUCGACAAGCGCUUCCUUCCGGCGCUGGAUAAGCUCGGAAGGUUAUGCCACAUGUAUCUCACCCGCGACCACGCCAUGUUCCUACACAACCUCUUCGCCGCCGAUGGCGUCCAGUCAGUGGCACAAUUCAAGAAGGAGAUCCUCUUUCGAGACUACCGCAUCUCGAGCCAGAACGAUGAUCGCAUUGCCUUUGCCAUCGACCCCGCCCUUCUCCACCGAGCCCUCCGCAGCGCACUAACGAUCCAGCUCCAAUCGGGAGACGACACCGCUGCUAUUCAGAUCAAGCUUGUCAAGAAGUUGCCGGCGGGGUCGCGGAAUCCGGCGCCUUUUCUCACUUUUGAGACAAAGGGAUUGAGAUCUGCUGUUGUUCAGGACGUGCCUAUCUCGAAGCCGCUUUCUCGGGCUGAUGUUCUUCAACUCCAGGCAGCGCUUGACGCUGCUCAGGACCUCCCCCAGACUCUUGUUCAGGUUCCAGACUUGGCGCAGCUGCAGAGCCUCGUGGAUCGUCUUAAGAAUGUUGGAGAUCUUCUCACAGUUGCAAUCACUCAGUACGGCGACCUCCAUCUUCAGGUCUCUACUUCUCUCAUCACUGUCGGGUCUGAGUUCCGGGAGCUCAGGGUUCUUGGAGCGCACGCUAAUGCACCUGCCUCAGAACAAAAUCUGAAUGCUCAGUCUCGAACUGCAAUGGCAAUUCAGAGAGGCGAAGCUCAAUCAGUACAAGUGAGCAUGAAACACCUAGCGAAGAGCUUGCAAUGUCAUUUAUCGAAGCCUGACUGCGUCUUCUAUGGUAUAGCUCCGCAAGGUGCUUGCUUGACCAUGAUUUUCCAGUUCUUCAUACCAGGCACACGAUUAAUGGACAAAUCGAUCAGCUUCCACUGCAGGCUUCCGGUCCUUGAUUCAGGUUCUACUUAACAAGACUGAUGUAGUUGAUCUCAUGGUCUGAUUUGGUGGCAGAUUUCUUCUAGUUGUUUUAUGGAAGUAUGUAAUUUGAUUGUCUGACUUGAGAUGAGAUCCUAGAAAAUUACUGUUUGUUCUCUUGUUUGUUAUGUAACACUUUGACUA